AAUAAUUUGUAUUGAGGCACUUCACAAAGACUUAUGCAUUAAAUUUAGUAACAUUACAAAAUAGCCUAUUCCUUCCGUUCAUCUCCUCUACUUACCAAGUCUUCCAUCUCAUCUGUAAUCAUCUGUUCUGCUUUGUUCUCAUUCUUUGUUCAUGGAUCCUAGGUAUUUCCACUUCUUACUUAUCAUUGUUGUAUAAAAUUUGAGAGAGUGUGUGUUUUUAUGUAGAGCUUCUAACAACCACUCCAAUGCAGUUUUUAUUGUUAACACAAUUUCUUGCUGUCUGACCCACGAGAUCACUGGUGCAAAGAAAGGUAAUAUAUAGCAAUGAACCCUAUUCAUUAAAGGAUUAAUCUUCUUAUCCAGAUGGAUUCUUCAACCGUUAUUGAUGUGAAAUGCGUUUUUAAGGUCAGUAAUGGGGGCAUUAUCCCAUUGAAUUUUGUGUCCAGUAUUAAGGGUGUGUUCGGCUAUUGAUGAAGGAGAUGGAAUGCCCAAACUGAGGGCUUUUUUGUGCUCUUUCAAACACAAUAGCUAGGGGCAGUUGACUGCAGCAAUGAAGCUGUACACAAGUGCAUCAGUGACGCUGCUCUUCAGCUCUGCGGAUGCCUUCUUUGGCUGCGUCUUUUACCUCCAUGGGAACAAUUACGAGUUGUUCGAUAAGGAUGUAUUUGACUAUAACUUCACACACUCAACGUUUGAACUAUGGCUCUUCUCCAUGUUGAGGGUAGUGAUCCUCCUGGGUGCCACUAUAGGAGUCAUCAAGAAUCCAAAAAAUGGUGCCAAGGGCAUCAAGAUAGCCAGGUAUCCCGUCGGUUUCAUCAAUAUCGUCAUGAUCCUGUAUGCCAUGGCAAAAAUCAUGUUAUAUACGGAGUACAGUGAUGGUAACCAUGACGAUGACCCAUGGUUUUUGACGUUAGGUGUGUGGACACUGGUAGCAUCUCUUGCCAUGUACGGCCUGUGGGUAUACAUUCUACAAGAGGCAAGACCCUCUGAGGAACGUAAUUUUAAUCUGGAGGGUGAUACUCAAGGACUAAUAAACGAAGACAAAAAUGUGGAGAGGAGUUGCAGUAGUGAAAGUGAGAACAGUAGUGACAAUGAAAGUAGCGACAGCUCUAGUGAUGAUGAUGAUGAUGAUGAAGAUGACGAUGACAAUGAAGGAAAGAAAAAAAAGAAAUCUGUCAAGUGGUAUUCUUUGUUCAUGAGAUUAUUGGCUUACUCAAAAGGUGACUGGCCCUUCUUGCUAGUGGGUUUCAUUGCUCUUAUGUGUGCAACAGCAGGUGAAGUAAUCUGGCCACUAUUAACAGGCCGUGUUCUGAAUGGAGUAGUUGUAGAGGCAGAGAGGGCCCAGUUCAAAAAUGGUAUCAUAUUGAUGACUCUGAUAUCAAUAGGGGUUGCUGCUGCCGAUGGAGUUAGAGGUGCAUUCUUAAACAUGGCAAUGGCCAGACUCAACCAACGUGUCACCAACCAUCUCUUUGAGUCGAUUCUUAAACAAGAACUAGGCUUCUUUGAUAAGAACAGGACUGGUGCUAUAACAUCUCGCCUCACGUCUGACACAGUUACUAUCAGUGAAGCACUGAGUAAUAGCAUCAUCAUCUUUCUUCGUAGUAUCUUCCAAGUGAUUGGUUAUAUCAUCUUUAUGAUGAUUAUUUCCUGGAGACUGACGUUCAUCACACUCAUCUCUUUCCCUCUUAUUGCUGUCAUCACUGAUGUCUUUGGAAGCUAUUAUGAGAAACUGUCCAAGAAAGUUCAGACUUCUCUGGCCAACGCUAACAUUGUGGCUGAAGAAACCGUCUCUAGCUUGAAGACGGUACGUAGCUUUGCCAAUGAAGAAGGGGAGAGGAAGACCUACUGGAAUAAGCUCCGCAUCACCUACCUGCUACGUAAGAAGGAAGCUGUAGCUUAUGGCUUUUUUUCAGUCAUCAACUCGAUGUGUGAAUUGAUGGUGUUUGAAUUAAUGCUCUUCUACGGAGGCCAUCUUGUCUUGAAGGGCAUGCUGAAUGGAGGAAUGCUGGUUUCUUUUAUUCUCUAUCAAUUUGAGCUUGGAGUAUGCCUUGAGAAAAUUGCUGAUGUGUCUACUGCGCUAAUAAGGGCUGCAGGUGCUUCUAGGAAAGUGUUUCAACUGAUUGACAGGAAGCCCACCAUUAUGAAUGAAGGUAGGGUUGCACCCAGGCAGUUUGAGGGUCAAUUGGAGUUCAAAAAUGUCACCUUUGCCUAUCCAACCAGACCGUCUAUUCCAGUACUCAAAGAUGUAAGCUUCACGGCAUCCCCUGGUGAAGUGCUAGCCCUAGUUGGGCCCAGUGGUGGAGGCAAGAGCUCCUGUAUCAAUCUCAUAGAACACUUCUAUGAGCCCACAUCAGGAGAAGUGCUGAUAGACGGUAGAAACGUCAAGGACUAUGAUCAUGCUUUCCUACAUCAGAAGAUUGCCCUUGUUGGUCAGGAGCCAGUACUCUAUGCCAGAUCCAUCCAUGAUAACAUCUCCUACAGCCUGCAGGACUGCUCUAAGGAACGUAUCGAGAGUGCUGCCAAGCAAGCCAAUGCACAUAACUUCAUCGUUCAUCUCAAUAAGGGUUAUCAGACUCAGACGGGAGAGAAGGGACUUCAGUUAUCAGGUGGCCAGAAGCAGAGAGUGGCUAUAGCCAGAGCGUUGGUGAGGAACCCUCAGAUGUUGCUCCUAGAUGAAGCUACCAGUGCUCUAGAUGCAGAGAGCGAGCACUUGGUCCAACAAGCACUUACGAAGAACUUUGACACACGCACUGUAGUCAUCGUAGCCCAUCGUCUCAGCACCAUCGAGAAGGCAGAUCGCAUCGUGGUCAUUGACCAGGGGCAGGUUGUCGAGCAGGGCAGGCACCAGGAACUCAUCAGCUCCAAUGGCCUCUAUGCUGGACUUGUGCGACGCCAACUUUUUGGACACGAUACCGAUGAUGACCAUGAUGACGAUGAGGAGGAGUUAGAGAAAACAAUCGGCAAGAAGGAAAAACACUGAUGUGUCACAAUAUAACUCAUAUAGUGAAAGUGAUACAUAACAGUGAUGUGUAAUCUACAUUGUCCAUUAGUGAAAAAUUUGCUAAUUUUUUUUAUUUAGGUGAUCUGCUGCCAAGCUUAGCAGAACACCUCUUGAUUAUGUCAAAAUAUUUUAAGUUUUUUAAUCUAUUUUUUCUGUAUGCAUUUUGUGCCAUGGAUAUCUCAUGAAUUUCAUGGUGAAUGACCAUGAAUCUUUCAUGGCAUGUGGCAUAUGCAUGAUUAUUGAUCCUAACAGAUUUCUUAUAUCACUGAUCGUGACGUCAUCUAGGCGCCAUUUUGUUAAUUUCUAAUUUUAACCAUAUUUCAUUUAUACUUUGUCGUUUCUGAAUGAUAUUUGAUAUGCAUAAAACUUGACGUCAUGGGCAUUUUGGUCUCAACCAUUUCUUUGGGCAUGUAAUCACUUUUUGCCUUCAUUGACGCAAAUUUAGCUCAUAGACAUUAAAAUUGAUGCAAACGCGCUUUUGCAAAAUUUUCCAAAAGUGGUAAAAAAAGUACCUACUGUAUUUUAAAUCAUCAGAAUGGCUAGUUACCCCAAUUUGUUUUCUUCAUGUUCUGAUAAGGUACGUAUUGGAGA